AUGGCGCCUCUCUCUUGUUUGGCUGGACCUGACAAGCAGAGCAGGAGCAAGACAGAUGUCAGGUCUGCUCUGGAUACCCUCUCCACACUGGAUGCCAUCUUUUCAGACAGUGGGUAUGAAAGUGGCUCCAUCAGCAAUGAUGAAGAUGACAACAACAGCCAACUCCCCGCCAAACACUACCUGGCCUUAGCAGAGAGCCUUGAUAUCACUCAGCUUCAACAGAAGCAGUACAGCCCCAAUAUCCAGGAAAAACUGGAUGAGACCCGUGAUUACUGGGAGAGGUAUUGUCAGCACAUCAAGACUAACACGGAGCUGCAAUGGGAUCAGAUCUCUGAUUCAGAGAAGACAGUUCACUUCCUGUAUGCAUUCUUCAGUUGGCAGUGUGAUAUCCAUCAUGGCAAGAAUAAUCAAUACUGUCCAGGCAUUAAAUGCAAAAGCUCACUGGAGACAUUCUGGAAGUGGUGGCAUCUUGUCCUCAAGCAGGAAACAGCAUCAGGACUCAGCAAAGAUACAAUUGUCAAGGUGGAAGAUGUUGUUGCACAGGUGUCCACAGAAAAGGAGCUGGCUCUUGUUGGGCGGCCAAAGAAGAACAUGUAUAUUGAAGAUGUUGCUGAGUUCGCUCAAGUCAUUCUCACCACCACUGAGAUGACCUAUGUCUGCAGUUGGCAGCACAUUCAAAUGCUUUUCUUCUUGCAGCUUGCAGCCAUCACCACCAGCCAUCCCUCAGCAAUCCUCCAUCUUCAGUAUCAAGACAUUGUGUUAACCCUGAUCCGAGUUCCAGACAGUGGACGCCCCCGAUUGUUCAUAUUCUUAAAACCAGAGUUUACUAAAAGAUUUCUUGGAAAUAAGGCACCGAACAAGUUUAAGGUUCCGGAAAUCAUCUUUGACCCAACCCUGGUUCUCAGCCUGCAUAUCUGCCUGCUGACCAUGCUCUUUCACAUUGGGGGAUUCAAGUCAAUUUCAACAACUGGACCAGUGUUGGAUUCCGCAGAGAAACUCUACAGUGCCAAAGUGCUGGAUGGCAAGGGACAGCAGCCACUGCUACUAAAGGAUAAGUUUGUGUUUUGCCAGACCGAGCCAACACCCACCAGAUUUAAAAUUUGCUUGGAUCAGAGGAUGACUGCAUCCAUGAUCACGGGCUUUGAGGAGGUCGCCCACCCGUACAACCUCCACUAUGCUGGAGCUAAGGCAUUUAACAACAGUGAGGAAGUUACAGAGGCUCUUCAGAACAUCAUGCUCCAACAUGUGGAUAUUCACACCUUCAUCAAGCAUUAUCAGGUGGACAUCAACAUUGACGCACAGGGAAUAGUCCAGAAAACAGGCUCCCAAACAGAAUUGGUGCAAUUUGCCUGCUCAAUGAGUGCAUCAAUCAACCCCAACCAACCAUAUAAGCUCUCUCCAGAAGAAUCAAGGUCCCUCAACUACCUUCCAGUUGUCCUUGGCUGGCAGGAUACUGUCCAGAAGCGCAAGCAGGAAUUGGAUGACCAUGAAGCCAAGUUAGAACAUGCCAACAAGGUGUGCAAGACUGCUUUAGGGCAUCUUGACAACAGAGUACUCACCAAGUCCAACCCCAAGGUGCUGGAGAGACUGGAGGUUUUCCAUGAUCAGACAGCAGAAGCAAAGUCAGUGUACAACAGGGCUGUCCAUGAGCUGCAUAACAAGAAGCAGCAGCAGCGGAACCAACAGAUCUGUGAGAACCUUGAGCACUAUAAGAAUGAGCAACCUGUGAUUGACCUUGAACAACAACUGGCCGGGAAGCUAGUGGAUACCAAAGUCAUGGACACUUUCAAGCACAAGGCCUUCAUGCCUCCAGAGCACUUGAUGUUUGUUGACUGCAUGUUGACCAUGCCGGGCGCUAGUCUUGAAGCAGAAUAUCAACAGAGAAUCAACACAAUCAACACAGGGGUCACAUUCUGUGGCAUGGAGGAAGGGCGGCCCUCGCGCCAGCCCGCGGUCAAUGAUGGCCCUUAUCCUCCGACCAAGCGGCAGAGGUGCCUGGAAAAGGAUAACACUGAAGUCCUCUUGCACCAAGCUAUGGAGUCUGUGCAGGCCAAGUCUACAGCUGAACAGCCUCAGGCUUGCUUUUGGCCUCACGUUUGCUUUCUCUGCAUUGGGAAUCCUAGUUGCUCGCUGAAGGACCACAUUAUGGAAUACACAACACCCAGAUCACUUACAAGGCAUUUUCUACAAAGGCAUAUCAACCCUCCAUGGCCAGCCGCUGGGGUUGAGUGCAAUGUUUGUGAGGGGAAGGUGCUCCCAGCCAAAUCUGCUCUUCUCAACCAUGCAGAGGAGGCCCAUGGAACUGUUGUGCGGGGUCACACUCAGGAGAAACUGGCGUUAGAAUAUCAACAGAGUCUAGAGAACUAGUUUUGUAGUAUAGAUGUGUAUAUAUAUAUAUAUAUGUAAUGAAAGGAGUUGCAGUCCUCACA